UUAAAGGACCAUGUUGUUCAAAAACGAGACACUGAUGUAUCCAAUGCUGAAAAUAUAUACAACAGAUAUGAAGCGACUUUUAAGUCGGAGGCUACCUACUAUGGCGAUUAUCCCGGAGGUGGUGCAUGCUCCUUGGAUCCACUCUCCCCAAUGUCCUCGCAGCCUGGCUGGAUACGAGUAGCGGCCGGUGCAUAUGACUUCCAGAACUCCCUUGGCUGUGGAAUGUGCGUGGAAAUCAAAGGCUCAGGGAUAGGAAGUGGGUCAGAUCCUGUCACUGGAGUCAUAAAAGCCGUUGUUCAUGAUCUGUGUGGCGGAUGUGAAAAAGGUAGUUUAGAUUUGUGUGGUUAUAAGAUGAUUUGUAGGAGGCACAGAAAGGGGAAAUAA